AUGCAUAAGGACUCGCCGGAGAAAAGACCGGAGAAAAAACAGGGGCAUCCAAUUUCGCCGGCGGUGCUGCUCCAUCGGACUUUAUCACAUGAAGCAACAAUAAAGCAAUGGGCGUGUUUCAGUGUUCUUUCUUUGAAGCAUUUCGUAUUGUUAUCGUCAAAAUCAAGUGUUGAAUUGCACAAUCGAGUUGUGACAAGUAGUCAAGAACUUAACCCCAACUUCUUUCUUGAAGAAGCCAUGGAAGAAAAUGAAGGUGGGGGGUCGGGGGAUGGCCAUUGGGAUGAAGUUAUUUCAGCUCUUGCGGAUGAUGGGUUUCUUGUUGAAGAAGAUGAUGAUGAUUGUGGGGAUCUUCAUAACAAUAUGAAUGUUGGAGAGAAUUUUCUUCAGUCAGUUCGGAAGAAUGAGGAGGAAGAGAAGGCGGUUGAGCUGCGUCAGAAGACUGGCAAUGCUGCUGCGACGGCUGCAAUUGUAGCGUCUGGGAUUUCGAGUGGGGUUGAUGGGUCUAGGGAUAUGGCAGUUAGGGGGAAUGAAAUGGGAGAAUCGGGUAAGACGGCUGAUAUAGCGAAUAAUGCUAGCAGUAAUAUUGAGAAUCGAGAGAUAAUUCAAAGGCCUACUGCUGCUAGUGCUAACGUUUUAGGAAAUGCUAGGAAUGUUGGGAGUUCAGGGAACGGUAGUAUGGUUAGUGGGAAUGCUACCGGCAGUAUGGGCAGUAUCGGGGCCUUAGGUGGAGGAGACGGUAGUGGAGGGACGAUUUUAAUUGUUGUUAAUCUGCUUUGGUGGACGACAGAUGCUGAAGUGGAGUUAGAGCUAAGCAGAUAUGGAGCUGUGAAGGAAGUUGUGUUUUAUGAUGAAAUAGCUUCUGGGAAGUCGAAUGGAUAUUGUCGGGCUGAGUUUUGUGAACCUGCAGCUGCCAUGGCAUGUAGGGAAGGGAUGGAUGGACAUCAUUUCAAUGGGCGAGCCUGUGUGGUCAGGUUUUCUUCACCACCUUCGCUAAAGAGCAUGGAAGAGGCCAGGAUGAAUCGAAUUAGUCUGUGCUAUUGUCUAACUCAGACCACUUCAGUGAAUCAAAUUAAUCGGUCCAAUGCUACUGUUGGUAAUUUUCAAGAUGGUGGGCAUUUGGGCAGAGCAGGUCCUCAGAUGAUGGGGGUUGAUGGCGUUGUAGGAAGAGGAGAGCUUAUAAGUAAUGCUGGAGAUGGACUCGGACAAGGUAUAGGUGCUGCAUCUUCAUCGAUUCAUCCUCAAACAAUUAUGGGCCAUGGAUUUCAUCCUAGUUUUGGAGGGCCUAUGGGGAAUGCUGGAGGUGGACUCAGACAAGGUAUAGGUGCUGCAUCUUCAUCGAAUCAUCCUCAAACAAUGAUGGGUCAAGGAUUUCAUCCUGGGUUAGGAGGGCCUAUGGGGAAUGGUGGAGGUGGACUCAGACAUGGUAUAGAUGCUGCAUCUUCAUUGAUUCAUCCUCAACCAAUGAUGGGCCAAGGCUUUUAUUCUGCUUUCAGAGAGCCUGUGAGGAGAAUAGGUGGUUAUGGAGGAUUCUCUGGUGGUCAAAUUGUACCUUUUCCACCUAGGUUGUCUCCAUUUCGACCUGCACAUUUUAUGAGAGGAAUGCCCAUGAAUAGUAUACGAAUGAUGCCUCGUGCUGGUAUGGAGGGACCUAAUAUGGUCAGAUGGACUGGAUAUGAGCAUGGCUACUGGGCAGGAGAGUCAAGUAAUGCGGCAGAAUCUGAUAAUCAGUAUGGAGAAGAAAGCCGUGAUAGGGGCCCUGGGCCUAGCAACAGAGAAAAUGAUAGGCCUGAUUCUUCAAGUAUAGACGACAGAGAACCUUCAGGGCGUGAUCAUGAUUGGCAAGAAGGGAGAAGCCAAGACGAUAGAGAUGUUGGAAGCUCUAGAGGCCAUGACCCUGAGAGGCCUCAUAGGGAUGAUAAUGCUGAUCGUCAUAGGCACAGGGACCGAAAUAAGUGA